AGAGAGAGAGAGAGAGAUGGGGUUGAUAGAGAGAGCAGGUCCAUAUGUGGGAAUGGUGACAGUACAAUUUGCACAGGUUGGCUUAAUGUUAGCAGGCAAGUUAGCAAUGUCCAAUGGGAUGACUCCUUUCACAUUUGCUUCCUAUUCAAAUGCACUUGCCUCCCUUAUUCUGCUUCCACUCUCUUUUGUCAUUUACAGAUCUGCUCUUCCUCCGCUUUUUCUCACUUUCGUGUGUGGGUUCUUCUUGCUUGGCUUUAUUGGGUUCAUAGUGCAGAUAUUAGGAUAUGCUGGGAUUCUGUUUGCCUCUGCCACGCUCUCGAUUACAAUACUCAACCUUAUUCCUGGUUUCACUUUCGUUUUUGCUGUCAUUUUCAGUAAUACCACAGUGGCUAAAUCUAUAGGGACUCUAGUAGCAGUGGUUGGUGCUCUAAUCAUAACUCUUUAUCAGGGCCCUCCAAUUAUGGGAUUUUCAUCUCAUGUCUCAAAUAAUGCUUCUUCUUUUCACAUUCCCACGAACACGAACUCGUCUGCUUGGCUAAUCGGGGGAUUGCUUCUUAUCAUCGACUGUGUGGUGUCAGCAUUGUUUAUCAUUGCACAAGCCAUGGUUCUCAGAAAAUGCCAUGCAGAGCUCAUUCUCAUGUUAUUCUACAGCUGCUUUAUCGCCAUUUUAUCAGCACUAGUCUCUUUGAUUGUUGAAAAAGACUUAAAUGCAUGGAACCUCAAGCCUAAGAUGAGGUUGAUUCCUGUUAUAUACUCGGCUUUUUUUGGAAAUACAUUUCAAGUAUCGAUUAUAAUGUGGUGUGUGAGAAGAAAGGGACCAGUGUUUGUAUCACUUUUCCAUCCUUUGGGAGUUAUUUUUGCAAUUGCACUUGGUAUCAUCAUUUUGGGAGAGGCCCUCUAUCUUGGAAGUCUAAUAGGGUCAAUUGUUACCGUGGUUGGUUUUUACUGUGUCAUAUGGGGAAAAGCCAAAGAAGCAAAGAUGACUAAGGAUGACGAGGGCUCCACGAAAAACAUGGAAUCAAAUGACAAAAGGGCUCCUCUUUUACAGAAUAUCAUCAGCGAGGGCAGAAUUAUCAGUCCAUGAGUGUAAAUCCCAGCAGAGUUGGAUAAUGUGAUUGGAUAUUAGAUGAAAGAACAUUCCUAUGUAUAUACUGUGUGGAGUAGUUUGCUUUCUUGCAACUCUUCAAUAUCUUGAUAGUCUGAACAAUUUCAGGUAUGUAUUUGGAAUAUGUUUUUCCACAUCAAAAUUUGCACACAUCUCUCAAGACGCCUCAACAAAAGCUGAAAAUAAUAAACAAGAAC